AUGGAGAAAUUAUUCAGGAAUCCGGAGUUGAAUGUUAGUGUAAGGACAGUGAGGUGGGGUGAGGGUAUACUGUUCUAUGCAAAAGAUGUGGCGGAAUCACUAGGGUACGCGGAUCCGAAGAAAGCAGUUCAGAAACUAGUUAGGAAACAAAACAAGGUAAGCGUAGAGGAGCUCCGCGUGGGGGGCGAAUCGCCCCUCUUGCAAAAAUGUCACCCACAAACGAUCCUGCUAUACGAACCCGGUUUGUACCAGCUAAUAUGUAGCUCAAGACUCCCAAUAGUAGAGGCCUUUCAGGACUGGGUAUUCAGUGAGGUGCUUCCAUCUAUCCGUAAAACAGGCUCAUACACACUACCAGAUAGAAGGUCACUCAGGUAUAACCAAAUAAUCCUCAUAAAUGAAACGGACCUUCAUCAUACAGUCGUGAGUUACAUUAGGAACAACCACCCCUAAGCAUUGCAUUGAUAUCUCUUGUGCUAGCAUAUAAAACACAUCAGAGGGAAACUAAGGAACUAGAACCUGAGUUCAUCCCUAAAACUGUAGAAGUAACUAAGAAAGCUGAUGAGUCCAAGUUAGAUUCACUUGAAUGAUACAUUAAACAUACCAUAUAUUAUAACAAGAUGAGUAAGGUAAACGCUGUUAAUAAAUCAGAGAUGGGAAGUGAAGUGUACGAUGCAUUACUACUUACAGCUGGAGCAAUCGGAAUCUCAAUGGCAUCUAAAAAGUUACUGAAGGAACCACUAGGUACACCAGAGAACACAAAAGGAAUGUUAAAGUUAGCUGUCUCUGUUAGUCUUUCAUCCCUACUGGUGUCGUAUCUAAAGAAAAAUAAGUAUAUCCCCGAUAACCCAAUUAAAACCUAG